AACGUUAGCUCAAGUGCCACAUCCACUGCUGUCGUCAUCGUUCUCCGCCAUAUUGGGCAAAACUACUCGAAGACGGAGAAAGGAGUGGAGGGAGAUAGGAGAAGGGGGAGAGGUUGGGCUGCCUCUAACGGUUUCAAGUACCGAAUUCAGUAACUGUGGACUCUGCAGACUAUGACUUCCCUCAGCCAGCGGAGUUCAGGCCUGGUGCAGAGGCGGACCGAGGCCUCUCGUAGCGCUGUCACCGACAAGGAGAGAGGAUCCGGGGAAGAGGACUUCGAGGCCCGUCGCGGGGAAGAACAGGAAGACGAUGACAAGGGAGACUCCAAAGAAACCCGACUCACUCUGAUGGAGGAGGUGUUGCUUCUGGGACUGAAAGACCGAGAGGGCUACACGUCCUUCUGGAACGACUGCAUCUCGUCGGGGCUGCGCGGCUGCAUGCUCAUCGAGCUGGCGCUGCGAGGGAGGCUGCAGCUGGAGGCCUGCGGAAUGCGCCGGAAGAGCCUGCUGGCCAGGAAGGUGAUAUGCAAGUCGGACGCUCCGACGGGGGACGUUUUGCUGGACGAAGCUUUGAAACACAUUAAAGAGACGCAGCCGCCAGAGACGGUGCAGAGCUGGAUCGAGCUGCUGAGCGGCGAGACGUGGAACCCCCUGAAGCUCCACUACCAGCUGCGGAACGUGCGGGAGCGGCUGGCCAAGAACCUGGUGGAGAAGGGCGUGCUGACCACGGAGAAACAGAACUUCCUGCUCUUCGACAUGACCACGCACCCGCUCACCAACAACAACAUCAAGCAGCGGCUCAUCAAGAAGGUCCAGGAGGCGGUGCUGGAGAAGUGGGUCAACGACCCGCUGCGCAUGGACAAGCGCCUGCUGGCCCUCAUCUUCCUGGCGCACUCGUCCGACGUGCUGGAGAACGCCUUCGCCCCGCUGGUGGACGACCAGUACGACCUGGCCAUGAAGAGGGUGCGGGUGCUGCUGGACUUGGAGCCCGAGGGGGAGAGCGCCAAGAGCAGCGCCAACGAGCUCCUGUGGGCCGUGGUGGCGGCCUUCACCAAAUGAGCCGGGAACGGCGGCGGAGGUCGCGUUUAACGACGGGGGGCGGGGGUGGGGGAGGGGGGAGAAAAAAAAACGGCCAGGCGGACCCUGAGGUUGAGACGUCGGCCAUGUUGGUCGACUCCGUUGUCCUUUUCGGCGCCGCGACGGGUCUCGAACUCUGCGGACGCGUCCUCCUGGCUCCCGUUGUCAGUCCCUGUAGGUGCACCCCUCCCCACCCCCCCCUCGCCCUUUCCGCCACGAGACGCGUCGAUUGGCCGCUCGCGUUGCUACUCUGACAAAAACUCGAGCGGCGCACUUCGGGUUCCAUUCAAAUCCACUGUGGGCAGCACCUUUUCAGAAAAAAGCCAACUGACUGAAAGUUGAUCUGAAUAAUAAAAAUGAUUACCUUGUAUUUUCCCCGGACAGAUUUAUUUUUCUUUGACAGGGCGGCUUUCAGCUCGGGUGUACGUUUGUACACGGAAGGUAACUCGAUUUCAUAUUAUAUGCGAAACGUGUCCCAGCUGUAUUGAUGAAAUGCUAAUAAAAAUCUCCACUCUUU